CUGAGUCUGUGUCCAGAACGAAUGUCUGAGUGCCUGAUGUUCAGAGGGGGAUCUGCUCAGUCACAAGUUAUUUUAAGGAGUAGGCGUCACUGGUGGACUGUGGUGAUGGUGAGAUGAAGUGUAUUUAACCGUCUGGAGAGGUAACUGUCACAUUACGAGUCAAAGUCCAAGUUGAUCCUCAUCUCUAAGAUGCCAAACUGGGGUGGAGGAACCAAGUGUGCAGCGUGUGAGAAGACGGUGUACCACGCCGAGGAGAUCCAGUGUAAUGGCAGGAGUUUCCACAAGCCCUGCUUCAUCUGCAUGUGCUGCAGAAAAGGGCUUGACAGCACCACGGUUGCAGCACAUGAGUCUGAGGUUUACUGCAAGUCGUGCUAUGGCAAGAAAUACGGGCCAAAGGGCUACGGAUAUGGUCAAGGAGCUGGAGCUCUGAGCUCUGAUCCUCUUGGACAAGAUGCAGAACUGCAGCCUCCAGAAUCUAAACCUCGACAAAGCUCUUCAAACACCAAUCCUGGGAAGUUUUCUCAGAAGUUUGGUGGGUCGGACCGCUGCCCUCGCUGCUCCAAAGCUGUCUAUGCAGCGGAGAAGGUGAUGGGAGCAGGAAAGGCCUGGCAUAAAACCUGUUUCCGCUGCGCUCUGUGUGGUAAAAGCCUGGAGUCGACCACCGUGACCGACAAGGACGGGGAGCUUUACUGUAAAGUUUGCUACGCCAAAAACUUUGGCCCUAAAGGAUUUGGGCUGGGAAAUGCUGCCAUGUUGGAGGAGCGCGAGUGAACACGUGUGCCUCAGACGGCAGCAGAUCCUGUGGAGGCUUCACCGUCGACACCGGAGGAUGUCGUCACCACAAACCAGAAUCCUGAGCAUUAACAUUUUAAUGCGGAAAACGUUUGCAGCACUAAAUAAAAUUAUGUUGCAUCAAAAUAUAAUUGUUUGUUUUUAA